AUGUCUGCCGACUUCUCCGCCUCACUCUCCUCCGUCUUCCUUCGAGCCCUCUCUUCUCUCUCCUCGCCCCACUCCCCAGCAUCCACCCAACAAUCCCUCCUCUCCGCUAUCUCUGACCUGCAACUGCUCUCUUCUCGGGUGGACGACCUUGCCCUGUUUAGCGAUAACGAGACUGUCGACGACUUAGGAACGAAAGAUGCGGUUUAUAUGCUUGUGGAUUAUGUGUGGGGUGAGGCUGUGGGGAGGGUGAGGACGGAGGGAAGGGAGGAGAGGAUGACGAGAUUAAGGGAGUCCGAGCGGCAUUUUCGCACUUUCCUUGAUCGCGUCCAAUCCUAUGGACUUGUAGGGGAGGCAAACAAGGCUCUGUUUGACAAGCCCAUCCCGCCUGAUUUUGCCUUGAGACGGGAAGUGAAGAUCAAGCAGUUCAAAGCUGAGAAAGAGCUCCGGGCGCGAAUAGCCUCCUUGCUCCCUGGCGCAGCUGGGGACUACGAGCUCUUCUCUAAGCUUGUGGAACUUCCCUCUCAAUAUGAGGAAGACAAGGCGCGGGAGGCGGUGUUCUGUAGUCUGAGGCUGGGGUGGAUAUUGGCACUGGGGCAGAUGAGGAGUGUUGCGGAGGAGAUGGAGUUGUUGAGGAACGCCCCGAGUGAGCAGUCGCAGCCGCCGGGCAAUGAUAGAGAAUGGGAGGAUAGGAGCUGGCGCUUGGAUAAGAUCAAUCAGGUUUUAACGGAUGUCAAUGGACCGCUGUUGGAUCCCCAGGGAAGGCCAUUGCGACCUUUCACCCUUAUGCCUUCAAACACAUCAUCUGUCGCUGCGGAUCGUCAACGACUACAAGCCCAAGUUUUCCGACCAUCUCAUCGCCUACCCACGAUGUCCAUCGACGAGUUCCUAGCAGAAGAACAGAGGCGUGGAAAUCUCCUCUCUGGCGGAGGUGCAGCAUCGGAGAACGCCCCGACGUCUUCGGAGCAGAUGCAACUUGGUACUGAAAUGGACGGGACUGCUUUCGCGGACGAGAGGGCCGAGGAACAGAGGCGCAAGGAUGAGAAUUGGGCGGUUUGGACAGAGUCUAAUCCUAAGGGAUCUGGGAAUCGGGGAAAUAAGGGUUAA